GAAAAAUAGAAAUUAACUCUCUUUGUAAAUAGUGUGGUCUACAGCUUAUCAUGAGAUACUCUACCUCAGGCGAGCAAAACCUCAAGACUUCCUUAAUAUUAGAUUUCAUGCACCAGGUGUUAUUGACAAAUAGACACAGAUCGCCGGGGUGGUCUGUGAAAACUUAUCUUACAGGAGGAAGCUGUUCUAUCUUGCCGAUGCACGGAAAACCUAGCCAGCUGUAUGUUAUCCAUGUUGUCGUUCAGCCACGACUCGGGGAAACAUAAGAUAUUAGAGUUUUUAAUGUCCCGUUGGUAGGAUAGUCUUUAUCGUAGCUCAUUCAGUUUAUUAUCCAGUGCUUGCAUGUUGGCUAAUAGGACUGAUGGUAGAGGCGUGUUACCCACUCACCGUCGGAUUCUCCAGACCUACGACCGCUAUAUCUCUGUCUCUUCAUGCGAAUGACAGUAAUUUGAGCCUUGUCCGGUGUCUGAAGUAAAUCCUUCACGUCCGACUUGUUAAAGAAAAAAAUCUUCAUCCAGUACGAGGUGAGUAAUCACUGUUCUGAUAUCAAGAUGCUUUUUUUCUGUCGUACUAGACAGUGGCAGAAACAUUAUGUACAAAAUAAGUUACAAAUAAUGCAAAAAAACACACAAUAGCACAAUUGGUUAGGAGCCCGUAAAACGGCAGCCAUCUCCUCCGGCUCCAUUAUUAUAUUCCCAGCACAAGGUGCACUUGUGUAAUGAUCAUGCUGUUUAAUCAGCAUCUUGAAAUGCCACACCUGUCAGGUGGAUGGAUUAUCUUGGCAAAGGAGAAAUGUUCACAAACAGGGAUGGAAACAAAUUUGUGCACAAUCUGAAUGAAAUAAGCUUUUUGUGCAUAUGGAACAUUUCUGGGAUCUUAUUUCAGCUCAUGAAACAGGGGACCAACACUUUACAUGUUGCGUUAAUAUUUUGGUUCAGUGUACUUAUGACACCUUCAAAUGAGGGGACUAGAUGCAUAAAGUGCUUUCAUUUCUAAACAGUAAAACCGAUAUGUAUGAAAAUACCUUCAAAUAAAAAGGUGCAAUUCUGUACUGUCGCCUCAUUUGAAAUAUUUGCUCUCAAAUUCAAAAUGCUUGAGUAUAGAGCCAAAUUAAAGAUUUGAGCUUCACAGUCCAAAUAAAUAGGCAGUUUAACAUUUACCAAACUUCAACUUUGUAGAUGACUCUAUUACAUCAUAACCUUUGCUGAUCUUAACGUAUGAUAAUGACUCUUAUCGUGCUGCUAUCAAUUGGCAUAUUUUACAUGUUUGGACAAAUUGUUUACUUGCAUCACACAAUUACAAGCUGUAAAUGAUUAUGAAUAAAUGCAAUGUUAUGGAUAGAAGAAGAAAGAAAUCCUUGUUUAGUUUUUCCCUCUCUGUGUGUGCGUGCGCGCGCUCGCGUUCUCUUGUUUGCCAUGGUCCCUCCAGUUUUUGAAUAGCCCUGGGAAUGGCUCCAACUUGCUUUGUUAACACAGGGCCCUCGACACACACAGCCAGUGACCAUGAGAGCAGGGGUGGUCUGGAAACACCACAGAGGGGCCCUGCAGGGGGAGGAUCUCAGAGGGGAGGUAGACAGGCGGGUGAAAAAGCCGGGCGGAUGAGGAGAGGGAGAGACCAAAUAUAUAUUUUUUGCCUUUUUUUCUCUUAAUUGGUGUAUCUCUGAUCAGCAAAUAGUUGAAGCAAACAAGUUAAAAACAUCACUUUCUGUUUCAACUGUGUUUUCAAUUUGAUUUGCUGUUGAGAUUUUGUUCUGCCUCUUUGAGCUUUAGAGUCUUCAAGGAACUUCAGAGAUAGGAAGAUCUCACUGAGCACACAUUGGUUAAAGAUUUCCUAGGUGACCGCCAAAAUUGAUUUGUGUUGAUUAUGGGACCACCCAGUCUAUUCAUCUCUUAUUUAAUCAUACUCUCAACCUCAUGCUGUAAGUGGAACGUGUCCCCGCUGGCCUGGAUAAAUUAUGUAACUCCUAAUCUAAAACACUAAUGACAUUCAAAGGAGACCCCUUGUGAGUUCCACAAUCAAACAAGUGUGUUGUGCUUCACUGUCUCCCUCAUUGGCUGGGAACACCAGCUGUGUGUCUAGGUCUAAAAGCAUGGCAUACACAGAUGUAGGAGAGCAUAGUCGGAAUGGAAAGGCCUGCCUAGAGCAGAGUGACCAAUGCCAGCCUCUUUCUCCCUGGUCUGAGUUUGGACCUCUGCUUGGGUGUAAUAAGUAAUAUUGGGCCACUGACAGGCUGAAAGUGGAUAGCAAUUCAGUGAGUUUGACAGUUUACAUAUCAGAAAAGCUCCUUGAAAUCCAUGCCCAGAAUGAUUCCUUCCAUGUGUUUACAUCUCCAUCUGCUGGACAUUUUUGUAUAUCACUAAAAGAAGUACAUUUAAUCAGUUUUAAUAGCAACACUGAAGUUUAAAUGACAUGUAUGUCAUACAUGUGUCCUAUUUUCCAAUAAAAUAAUGAAGACAUGAUUUAAUCAUAUUUACUGAAAUUGCAUAGCAGGCUAAUGUACUCUGCCCUAAACUAUGAGUGAUUGUUAGCUUUUUUUGUGAACUCAAUUUGAUACAUAAUUGCAACACUAUAACCUUGGUCUUCUUUACAAACUGCAAAAAAAUCCUCAGUGGUUUCCUCCUUUCUUGCGCAGGCGCAACCUUUCACGGCAAAGCGAACCAAGAUGGCGGCUGUUGUUGAAAAUGUUGUAAAACUGCUGGGAGAGCAGUGCUAUAGAGAUGCCAUGGAGCAGUGCCAUAACUACAACGCCCGGCUAUGUGCCGAGAGGAGUGUCCGAAUGCCCUUCCUGGACUCUCAGACUGGAGUGGCGCAGAGCAACUGUUACAUUUGGAUGGAGAAGAGACACAGGGGACCAGGAGUGGCCCCAGGACAGCUGUACACCUACCCAUCCCGCAGGUGGAGGAAGAAACGACGAGCCCUUCCCCCAGAGGAUCCCCGGCUGGUCUUCCCCCCUCUAAAGUUAGAACUGGACUUGGGUUUUAAGAAGGAUGCCCUGUCAUCAUCUGAUGGCAGCAGUCUGGAAGCCCUGCUGAAGGGGGAACCCCUGGACAAACGGGGUCUUCCGGAGCUUCAUGGGCCAGAAGAGGAGUCCAGUCUGGCAGACUACACUUGUGGGGGAGUCACCCCUGCAGCACGUGUCAGAAAGAGAGUCCUGGAGGCAGAUGACUUCCUGGAUAACUUGGAGGAUGAGGACUAUGAGGAGGACACCCCCAAAAGAAGAGGCAAAGGAAAGGGAAAGGGUCGUGGAGUGAGCAGUGCCAAGAAGAAGCUGGAUGCUGCGGCGGCUGCACUGGAGGACAAGGACAAGCCUUACUCCUGUGACAACACUUUCAAACAAAAGCAGAUUUCACAACCUUCUGGACGAGUCUGUGGGAAGCGUUACAAGAACCGUCCGGGCCUGAGCUACCACUAUGCCCACUCCCACCUGGCUGAGGAGGAGGGAGGGAACAAGGAGGAGCCUGAGGUCCACACCCCCACCCCGCCCCAGCCUGAGGAGCCCAAGACACCCAAGAAAGGUCCAAACGGUUUGGCGAUACCCAAUAACUACUGUGACUUCUGCCUGGGAGACUCUGCCCUCAACCAGAAGACGGGCCAGUCAGAGGAGCUGCAGUCCUGCUCAGACUGUGGACGUUCAGGCCACCCGUCCUGCCUGCAGUUCACCCCUGUGAUGAUGGCUGCAGUGAAGACCUACCGCUGGCAGUGCAUCGAGUGCAAGUGCUGCAACAUCUGUGGCACCUCAGAGAACGACGACCAGCUUCUCUUCUGUGAUGACUGUGAUAGAGGCUAUCACAUGUACUGUCUCAGCCCUGCUAUGGCUGAACCUCCAGAAGGUAGCUGGAGCUGCCAUCUGUGUCUGGACCUGUUGAAAGACAAGGCGUCCAUAUACCAGACACCUAAUGCCCCUCCGUCGUGAUGGACCCCCACCCUCUCACAGGUUCUCUAUCACUGGUCAGCAGAGAGGAGUGAGUGGGACAGAUGACUUGUGAAAAGGGAAGCAUACCUCACCAACCCCCCUUCUGAAACAGGCCUCUGGGAAGCAUACCUUACCAACCUCCCUUCUGAAACAGGCCUCGGGGAAGCAUACCUUACCAACCCCCCUUCUGAAACAGGCCUCGGGGAAGCAUACCUCACCAACCCCCCUUCUGAAACAGGCCUCUGGGAAGCAUACCUUACCAACCUCCCUUCUGAAACAGGCCUCGGGGAAGCAUACCUUACCAACCCCCCUUCUGAAACAGGCCUCGGGGAAGCAUACCUUACCAACCCCCCCUUCUGAAACAGGCCUCGGGGAAGCAUACCUUACCAACCCCCCUUCUGAAACAGGCCUCGGGGAAGCAUACCUUACCAACCCCCCCUUCUGAAACAGGCCUCGGGGAAGCAUACCUUACCAACCUCCCUUCUGAAACAGGCCUCGGGGAAGCAUACCUUACCAACCCCCCUUCUGAAACAGGCCUCGGGGAAGCAUACCUUACCAACCCCCCUUCUGAAACAGGCUUCGGGGAAGCAUACCUUACCAACCCCCCUUCUGAAACAGGCCUCGGGGAAGCAUACCUUACCAACCCCCCUUCUGAAACAGGCCUCGGGGGAGCAUACCUUACCAACCCCCCUUCUGAAACAGGCCUCGGGGAAGCAUACCUUACCAACCCCCCCUUCUGAAACAGGCCUUGGGGAAGCAUACCUUACCAACCUCCCUUCUGAAACAGGCCUCGGGGAAGCAUACCUUACCAACCCCCCUUCUGAAACAGGCCUCGGGGAAGCAUACCUUACCAACCCCCCUUCUGAAACAGGCCUCGGAGAAGCAUACCUCACCAACCCCCCCUUCUGAAACAGGCCCUCGGAGAAGCAUACCUCACCAACCCCCCUUCUGAAACAUGCCCUCGGGGAAGCAUACCUUACCAACCCCCCUUCUGAAACAGGCCUCGGGGAAGCAUACCUUACCAACCCCCCUUCUGAAACAGGCCUCGGAGAAGCAUACCUCACCAACCCCCCUUCUGAAACAGGCCUCGGAGAAGCAUACCUUACCAGCCCCUUGCUGAAAAAGGCCUCGGUUUGGAAGGGAACACCUUACCAAGCCCGUGCUGAAACAGGUCUUGGUUUGGUUCUUAUAUGGCUGUUACACAGUUCCAAGCUCAAGUGACCCAUAGGCUUUUGUUUUCAACUAUUUGUCAAUAUAUCAAACUCAAUGUGUCUAUCCUGAACUUGACAAUACAUGAAGUUUGUUUGAGUGGCUUAAACCAUAAACUGCUUUUGCCAGCCAAAAUACCUGAACACAGUCUCACAUACAGUUCAUGCACACGACUGCUCAGAUCCUACUUUUAUUCGGCAAAAUAUCAGUUUUGCAUGUAGAGGAGAGAAAUUGUUUGAGUCAAUUAGCAUGCCAAUGCUUGUUCAUAAUAAGAACAUGUUCAAAGGUUUUGUAUAUUUAUAUAUUUGUAUAGAAUAUAAAGGUGGGAAUUAUUUAAAAGCUGCCCUCUGUUCAGCCAUUACAUUCCUUGACAUUCAAAAAGACUGGAGUGGCAAGGAGUGGAAUGCUAGCUAAAAAGACUGGUAUUCAGACUACCUGAUGUGGAGACAAUAUUGAGAGUUAGGAAGCAUUGGGUGUUAAGAGGGCCUUACUAUUACAUCAAUCUCUAUCUCGGUGAGAGAAAGAGGACGUUGGCGUAACAAUUUGUAUUUUUUUUUUUAAGGAAUUAAAGAUUGGGUGUUUGCUGCUUUUGAGGAAAGAGUCAGAAUGGAUGCUGGUUUUUGUGGUGAUUUGAGUGAUUUUAGUGUAUCCUAUGUCCACAACCAGGCUUUUACCAAAAAUAGCUACCUAAUCCAUUGGUAGACAACACUGACCCUGGAGAGCAGUUUGACAUUUUACUGCUAGCAACGUAAGCAUUUCGCUGCACCCGCUAUAACAUCUACCAAACUGUGUAUGCGACCAAUAAACGUUGAUUUGCAGCAGUCCUAAUCUGGACCCCUUUUUGACUCCUUAUGUGUUGGGAGAUCAUUUAAAAACAGACAACUACCAAGCACAGGACUUUGUGUUUACCUGCCCAUAUCAGCUCUGAAGUCUCAUCCCACCCUGCUCUAACCUGCUCCACUGUCUCAGAUCUCAGACUGUAAUGCAGUGUGAUUCCCUUCAUUUAUAGCCAGGAGCCAUUCAAGAGCUACUGGGACUGUGGGGAGAUGGAAGAAUGUUUUUAGGAUGAUGUGGAGCCAUCAGAGGGUCCAGUCAGAAAGUGGUGUCGUUACUUCUUUUCCUUUUUCUCUCCAAUUUCGUGGUAUCCAAUUGUUAGUAGUUACUAUCUUGUCUCAUCGCUACAACUCCCGUACGGGCUCGGGAGAGACGAAGGUCGAAAGCCAUGCGUCCUCCGAAACACAACCCAACCAAGCCGCACUGCUUCUUAACACAGCACGCCUCCAACCCGGAAGCCAUCCGCACCAAUGUGUCGGAGGAAACACCGUGCACCUGGCGACCUUGGUUAGCGUCCACUGCGCCCGGCCCGCCACAGGAGUUGCUGGUGCGCGAUGAGACAAGGAUAUCCCUACCAGCCGAAACCCUCCCUAACCCUGACGACGCUAGGCCAAUUGUGCAUCGCCCCACGGCCGGCCCGGUCGCAGACCACUGCGCCACCCGGGAGGCCAGAAAGUGUUGUGUUACCACAAACUGCAGACUGGUGUACCUGCACUUGCUAUACUGUAGUGUUGUCCUUGGAGGCAACAUUAUUUGACUUUUUCAUAUAUAGGUCUAUACAUAAAGUAUUCAGAUCCAUUUAUCAUUAUGGGGUAUUUGUGUGUGGAUUGAUGAGGGCGGUAAAAACUAUUUAAUCCGUUUUAGAAUAAGGCUGUAACGUAACAAUGUGGAAAAAAUCAAGGUCUGAAUACUUUCUGAAUGCGCUGUAAAUACACUGAGUGUACAAAACAUUAAGAACACCAUCUUAAUAUUGAGUCCCCCCCCUUUUGCCCUCAGAACAGCCUCGAUUCGUCGACUCUACAAGCUGUCGAAAGCAUUCCACAGGGAUGCUGGCCCAUGUUGACUCCAUUGCUUCCCACAGUUGUCAAGUUGGCUGGAUAUUUUUUGGGUGGAGGACUGUGGGGAGCAAUGGACUGUUCUCUUACCCAUUUACCCUUUGAUACACGUGGGGAAACUGUUGUGUGAAAAACCCAGCAGCGUUGCAGUUGUUGACACACUCACACCGUUGAUCCUGGUACCUAUUACCAUACCCUGUUCAAAGCCACUUCAAUCUUUUCUCUUACCCAUUUACCCUUUGAAUGGAACACACACCAUCCAUGUCUCAAGGCUUAAAAAUCCUUCUUUAACCUGUCCUCCCCUUCAUUCUCGUUGUCUCAUGAAAAGGGAACACCUGUUUUUCUCCUUGGAUUUUCUCUGCUUUUCCACCAAAGCCGGGUGCAAUGUUCUCCACCAGUUUGGCUAUGGUUACAGUUAGCUACAAUUACUUUACCUCAAACUAGUGAAAGUUAAAAACAACAACAUUGGAUUCAUUCUCAGACAUGGUCAAAAGGAGAAACAGUAGACAUUGCAUUCUCUACAGACAGUUAACCAAGUGCAUGAUAAUGUGUGCCCUAAACACGGGUGCUCAUGGUCUACUCAGAUUUGGAUUGAUCAAGGUAUAAGGAAGUUGUGUAAUAUCAUCUAGCUAUACCAUCAUGUUAUAUUAAUAGCCAACUAACAAAUACUAAAGCAUUAAACAAGUAUUUCUCAUUUCAUUUGUUUAGCUGUUUGUUUAGAGGCAGUUGCCAUUUGGAAUAUUAUGGUUUUGGUUCAUAAUAAAAAAAAUCAUCAAUGAUAUUUACUCAGUUGAUGUAAAACCGUUUUGGGACUUUAUUUGGAUUAAAAUUAUAUUUUUCCUUUAGGGUACAAGGUUCUGUCUUUUUUUUUUCAGGAAAAUAAAAGAUUUGGCGCUGACUGUA